UCAGUUUUUUUAAAUUUUUUUUUUUGAAGUAAUAAACGGAAGACGAGAGAGGUUUCGCGAUUCCAUUUUCACUCGGUCCUGUUGUGUGUGCGCAGAAUAAAAUUUCUCAUCGACGAUGGCGAAUACCUUACAACGCGCCCUUCGCGCCACCAUGGCCCGGCCGUUCUCCACCGGCGCAUUGGCCGAAAUUAAGCGAGGCGAGAUCGGAAUGGUUUCUGGAAUUCCUGAAGAACACCUUCGUAGGAGGGUUCUAAUUUACUCUCCUGCUAGAACUGCAUCUCAACAAGGAUCUGGAAAGGUUGGAAGAUGGAAGAUCAACUUCUUAUCAACCCAAAAGUGGGAAAAUCCACUGAUGGGCUGGACAUCCACUGGGGACCCCUACUCUCAUGUUGGUGAUUCUGCCUUGACUUUUGAUAGCGAACAAGCAGCAAAAGCAUUUGCAGAGAAACAUGGUUGGGAGUAUUCGGUCAAGAAGCCCCACACACCAUUGCUGAAGGUUAAAUCAUACGCGGACAAUUUUAAAUGGAAGGGCCCCCCCAAAUCUGGUGAAGAGUGAUUUGUUGGUUUGUAUUCAUGUUAAUGUAUUCCGUCUUCCGGAGUUUCAACGUGCAGCAGUUUUUCUCUGCAUAUUUUCUUGGAAAAAGAAAGUUUAAUGUGAAUUACUGAUUGAAAAUAAAAGGGACUGAUCUGCCAUUGGUUUAGUUUUCUUCUAUGAUGUAGAUAGAUACUGCAUCUGUUUAAGAUUGAUUCGGCCUACCGUCUUUAACUGAACGCUGAAUGAACAAUUGAGCAACAGUUUUUAUAAA